GCCUCCUCGACACAUUAGACUAUAACUUUAAAUUUACUUUCAAUUUAAUUAACACUACACCAACUACAGUACACAGUGCUGUUGCUAGGAUACAGCGAAUGCUCGACUGUGUCGGUAAGACACCGGCUAGUAAAGUUUACUGCUAGCUCAGCUGUCUAACAUGUUUUCUUAAUUUAUUCGGUAACGUUAGCUAGCUACAUAGCCUGAGUUUACAAGCGGAUUGAGUUUAAGUAAGUCAUCCGCUUGGACACAUCCCUAAAGGGUUUUCAUCAAGCUACGCCUGACCAUGCCAUAUUUUAAAACAUCUAAAAAAAAUCAGCCAUUGUCAACAUUGCUGGUUAAGUCCCAGAAAUGUGGACUAAGGCACACAGUUUUCUCUGUCAAUGGAAAUGAAUACACUGGAGAGUGGCAGGACAACAAAAAGCACGGAAAGGGAACUCAGGUUUGGAAGAAGUCUGGUUCCAUUUAUAAUGGAGAGUGGAAAUUUGGAAAACGUGAUGGAUAUGGUACCUACAGUGUGCUGCUUCCAGAAACAAAGGAGUAUGCAAGGAAGUACUGUGGUGGAUGGAAAAAUGGAAAGAAGCAUGAGUAUGGAAUGUACUUCUACAAUAACUCAGCCGUUUAUGAGGGGGAGUGGAGUGAGGACCAUCGAAGUGGCUGGGGAAGGAUGUACUAUGAGAGUGGAGAUAUCUACGAGGGAGAGUGGCUGAAGGAUAAGAAUCACGGACAGGGCAUCAUCCGAUUUGCAAAUGGAAAUUGGUAUGAAGGCGCCUGGCGAGAUGGCAAGAAGAACGGAAAUGGAAAGUUCUACUAUUCUGACAAAGGCCAGCUUUAUGAAGGCUUUUGGGUGGAUGGAGUACCAAAAUGUGGGACCCUGUCUGACUUUUGGAGGAAUGAAGCACCGACACCGACAAAGUAUCCAAUUCCACCGCUACACCUGGUGGAUAUGCAGUUGGUAUUAAGGGAAGCCCAGUCAGCCUACCUUGAGAGGAUCAACAGCAAGUUUCCACUCAACAACACACUAACAGACAACGAAUAAAAAAAGAAAAUACAUGGAAUGAUGGCAUUCAGCAUGUUCAGUUUUGUCAAAAAUAUUUGCACCCAAAUAGUUUGUUUGUGUCUGUGGUGCAAACCAAAAACAUCUAUUGAUAUUUCCAAUGAGUUGAAAACAAUAGCGAUAUAAUUUAACAUGUUAAUCCAGUUUACUACUAACACAGAUGAUUAAACACUGUAACUGUCACGAUGAUAAAAAGCUUGCUGUUAACUCUAAUUACAUAUAAUAGAUCAGCUCAGUUCUAGGGUUACUAAAACAACAUUAGACUACAUACAUUAAGAAAAUACCUAAUGAUAUGCCUAGUUACUGAAUUCACUACAUUAGACCGACUUGAUACUAAUGUACACACAUAAUCAAAGGUUAUGUGAUAAAUGUAAUACUAGUAUAUGGCAAUAUCAAAAUGACACAUCCGUUUAUUUUCUCUUAUAAGGACUGAUCAGAUAUUAGCCAUUACUGUAUUUUUUAAAUGCUGCACUCUGACAAUACUCAUACCCUGAGAUGAAAGGAUCUCCUCUCCACCAUGCCAUCAACAUCCCACUACCUUAACUUUCACUUCAGAACUUCUACCUCUUCCAAUACAGACUUUUAACUCAUAAACAUAAAUAUUGAUCAAUUUCUCUAAAUUGUUGAGAUUAAAACCCUGGUUAAAAUAAA